CGUACAGCCUUAGUCGGUAAUUUUCAAAAUGAAGCGGUACCUCUCGCUGUUGCUUUGUUUGUCGAGUUUCAUCGAUCCGUCAACCUGUUGCUGCAGAUCCAAACCCAAGGGUGACCUCAACUGCGGGAUAACGUACAAUCUGAUCAAGUCCGACGCCAAGUCCAGCAAGUCGGUGAUAACCAGGCGGCAAGUCGGUAGUAUCGGCAAGUGCAAAGACUUCGCCGAGACCAAACGAGCUCUCGCCUUCAACUUCGAGAGCGCUAUGACGACUACUGGCUUGGACUUGGAUAACGGAUCGCGGGAGGCGGCUAAUUGCGUGCUGCUCGACUGUCCGGAGACUAAGGGGCUGAGGCAAUUGGUCAAUGUCACGGGCGUCGAUUAUUACAGCGCUUAUCCGGACGCAGAGUACAAGGGAAACGAAAGCCUGUCCUGCAUAGAAAAGGUCGGCCUCUUCAGUCUCGUGCUCGACAAAACGAACUUCACAAACGCUCGCGAUAACUGCCGCAAGAUGAUUCAUUUUCCCGGCAGAAGCACGGGAAUUUUGGCUGACCCUACGGAAGAGUCGCGUAGCCGAGGUUUGGCCUCGCUCAUUGGUAAGCUCGCGGUCUACGUUGGACUGAGCAACGAGGGUGACCAGCGACUCUGGAAAAACGAAUUUGGUGACGCGUUGUCCUGCUCGGACUACAGAGCCUGGGCCACAGGCGAUCCGUCCCACAAUCGAGGCUGCGUAGCUCUCUCUCAGUCUGAUCCGAAAGCUGAUCCCGUCUGGAAGCUCGUCUCUUGCGCCACGGAACUACCUUACAUCUGCGAGAUACCUCACAUACCGCCGAUAAAAACUGAUUAGAAUUCUUUCAACGGAGGUUUCUGUGGGGAUGGAGGAACAUAACAGUAAAGGCCACGUGAACGCAUAAACGAUAUGUGUAUAUAUAAAGAAAAUUGUAUAUAUAUAUAUAAUAUAUAUGUAUACUCCAAUGAAUUAGUCAUAUUUACAAUUACGAAGUACAUAGUUGCGUCGCGUUGCUAGAACGCGCAGUUCAUCGUCGUCAUCAUCAUCAUCAUCAUCAUCAUCACGAAAAGCAAGAGAAAAUAUAAUAUUUUUCAUUUGUUGUCGCAAUCCUAAAUUAUGUACAUACAAAACACGUCCUUAAACCAAGGCUCGAUCAUCGGCGAUCGAACACGCGCACACUCUCUCUCUCUCUCUCUCUCUCGCUCGUUCUCUCUCCCCACACAAAGUCGUCUCAUACGGGUCCAGCGACUCAUCGAAGUAGGAGAGACGACAACGACAACCGAAAAAGCUGCAUCGACAUCCGCGGCUAUUUAAUACAUCUGCUAUAUAGGACUUUUUUAACUCUUCGUCAUAUAAUAAUGGGCUAUCACGGGAACGCACCUCUCGCGCUCUCUGUCACACUCUUCACUUCGUCAUAUCGAUUGAUCAAUACUGUCGGUGAUUAUGCAAUUAUCUUACAGCGACUAUUGGAAGCAUUUAAUAACGCGGUUUCAACAUGGACUAUAUAAAUUUGUUUGCUUGUGCAUGUGGUAGUCGAACUUGGCUCGCGACAGAGACAACCGAUAAGCAGGACCAUUUUACCCUUGUUUUUUUUUUUUAUUAUCUUUUUCUCGUUUUUACUCUCGUCAAGCUGGCGAUUUUCUCUAUAUUUCUCUCUCGUGCAUUGCAACAUUAUUAUGCUUCUGUUUGAGACAUUCGACUUUUCGCAACGGAAAAAGAAUACAAAUCGUCAGCGACUAAAAACGCAAUGAUAUUUAUAAAUAAUCGACGCACAACCAUCCUUGGUACGUUCUACACGCUAA